ACCUUUAGCUUCCUCCUAAAUUGCCAUCAAAACAUACACCUUGUGAGAGUUGAAUAACUUUUCAGAGGACAUUAUUUUUACCGUGACACAAGAAUUAAAGCAACAACAUCAGGAUGUCCAACAAAAAGAAACCAACAGCAACUUCAACAUUUUACAGUGAACCAGCGAUAGUGGAGGAACUGUACACUGGAUACCUGCUCAAGUCCCCCGCUCAACCAGCCCUAACUAAAAGCAUUAAAUCAUGGAAGCGUCGUUUCUUUGUGCUCUCCAAAACGGGUGAAGACUACCAGCUGACAUAUCAUGCAAACAACGAAACAAAAGAGAUAGACCUUUCUAAGAUCAGCCUGCUGCGUAUUGGCCCCGAAGCACAUCAGAAGUGGGACUGGAUCCAGAAAAACUUCAAGUGUUCUCCGUCCUCUGUGCUGUUCUUGAAGGUGGAAGACGACACACCAAAACACUCUAGAGACUAUUUCCUACUUGGAGAAAACAGUGAUGAUGUGGAUGGUUGGCUCAAUGCCUUAGUCAAGGUAAUGAAGACCCAGAAAUCACAAAAUACCCUUCAGACCUCGAAACCUCGUGGUGGAGGUCUUGGAAGAAGGGGAGAGGCCUAUGGGGCUGAGACGGGUAGAUAA